AUGUUUACCAUUGAGUGUAUUCUCAAGAUUGUCGCUUAUGGAGUUCGGAAUUUCUUCAAAGAUCCUUGGAAUACAUUUGACUUCAUCACUGUUAUUGGCAGCAUUGUAGAUGUUUUAGUUAUUGAAUUUGGGGAGAAAUUCAUCAACGUGGGAUUCUUGAGGCUGUUCCGAGCCGCGCGCCUCAUUAAGCUGUUGAGACAGGGCUACACCAUCAGGAUAUUAUUGUGGACUUUUGUGCAAUCUUUUAAGGCGCUGCCAUAUGUCUGCCUCCUUAUUGCCAUGCUGUUUUUCAUCUAUGCCAUUAUUGGGAUGCAGGUAUUUGGAAACAUUGAUCUGGACCCUGAAACUUCCAUCACCCGGCAUAACAACUUCCGCAGCUUUGUUCAGGGUCUAAUGCUGCUUUUCAGGUGUGCAACGGGGGAAGCCUGGCCUUCAAUAAUGUUGUCCUGCAUCAGUGGCAGACCAUGUGAUAAGCUUGCUCGGAAACCAGGAUCUGAAUGUGGCUCCAACCUAGCUUAUGCCUAUUUUGUUUCUUUUAUAUUUUUCUGCUCUUUUCUUAUGUUGAAUCUUUUUGUAGCAGUUAUAAUGGAUAACUUUGACUAUUUAACUAGAGAUUCGUCCAUAUUGGGCGCACAUCAUUUAGAUGAAUUUGUUAGAAUAUGGGCUGAAUAUGACCCAAAUGCUACGGGUAAAAUACAUUAUACUGAAAUGUAUGACAUGUUGAAAAAUAUGGAUCCUCCUCUGGGAUUUGGCAAUAAGUGCCCUAAUCGCCUUGCAUACAAGAAGCUCAUAAGAAUGAAUAUGCCAGUUGAUGAAGAUGGAAAGGUCAAUUUCACCACCACAUUAUUUGCACUUAUACGAGAAAACCUUAGCAUCAAAGUCAGAAGUGCUGAUGAAAUGGACCAGGCAGAUGAAGAGCUGAGAGAAACAAUACAGAAUAUUUGGCCUCUUCAAGCAAAGAAGAUGCUAGAUCUUCUGAUACCUAGGAAAGAAGAACUUGGUAAAGGGAAGCUUACAGUUGGCAAGAUCUAUGCUGGCCUGCUGAUUUUGGAAAGCUGGAGAACAACAAGGUUUGGACAGAUCGAAUCAGCUGGUGUGCCGGGAUUUGGUGGUCAUAGUCCUUCCAAUAAUGAGGCGAGGGCAUCAUUUUUUAACUGCCUGAUGGACAUGGCUGGCCAAUGGACGGGCACAUCUCGAACUGGCAGUCUGGAGCCUGAAUUAGCUGAAGAAACAGGCCUCCUCUCCAGAAGAAACACUCAUCGCAAGAGCAUCAGGAACAAAAAGGUGAACUGUGAUAUCAUGGUGUUUGGUGAUGUAUUGGGAUGUACUUAGCUUUUUCUGUGUCUCCUGUGGUAUAGUUCCUAUCCUUUUCCAUUAAUGUGGGUUAUACACUGUUA